UGAAGCUGCUUCCUUUGAUAAGUCUCUUGGUAUGGCAGUUUCUCCCUCCACAUCCCAGGAAGAGACAUUUUAUACAGCUCUGACUUUCUGGUGAUACCAGGCACACUGCAGCCUUUGGAAUCGGAAAACAGUAAGGAAAAUGUGCGCUCCCUGGCUGAAGACAAAGUUGCCCACCACUGCCAUAAGAGCCAUCUGCCUCAACUGGAUAUUCUAAAUCCCCCUCUUGACUUCCAUUUUUCACUUUAAAAAGGAGAUGGCUUCCCGAUGCAUUGAAUAUAAGGGGAUAACAUUUCCCCCUGGAUAUAAUUCUGUGGAGAGCCUUUGCUUUGCUGAAGAGAAGUUUCAAGUGCGAGAUGAUGAUAUCUUUAAUGUCACAUACCCAAAGUCUGGAACAGUGUGGAUGACUGAGAUUCUAAGCUUGAUUCUCAAUGGAGGUAACCCAACCUGGAAUCAAAAUGUCCUCAAUUCCCUUCGAGCUCCCUGGUUCACAACCUGCCUUGGCCUGGAGACAGCACAUAACCUACCAUCUCCUCGUCUGCUCACCUGCCAUCUCCCCAUCCAGAUGUUCCCCAAAGCUUUCUUCAGCUCCAAAGCCAAGGUGAUAUACACAUUGCGAGACCCCCGAGAUGUGCUUGUUUCCUACUAUCAUUUCUCCAAGAUGUGUGUCCCUUUUGGGGAUCCUCUAUCCUUUGACCACUUCUUUGUGAAUUUCCUGAAUGGGAAUGUACUAUUUGGAUCCUGGUUUGAUCACAUUACAGGCUGGAUGGAGCAGAAAGGAAAACUCAGUAUCUUCUUCAUUAGCUAUGAAGAAAUGAAACAGGAUCUACGUGGCAGUGUGGAACACCUUUGCCAUUUCCUGGGGAAGAACCUGGAUAAGGCAGCUGUCACCUCAGUGAUGGAAAAUGCCUCCUUUGAAGCCAUGAGGAAGAACAACAUGUGCAACUCAACAAUGCUCCCUAAGGAUGUUAUGGACCAAGAGAAGGGGACCUUCCUCAGGAAGGGUAUUUGUGGAGACUGGAAGUCUCAUUUUACCGUGGCACAGUCUGAAUCCUUUGACAAGGUUUACCAGGAAAAGAUGCAGAGUCUAGGAGGAAUCUUCCCCUGGGAGCAAGUUAGAAUGGAAAGCAACUCUGGAAGAAGCCUUAAUUCCUGAACUUAAACAUGCUGGAGCUUACCACCUACUAUGUCAAGAUGUUUUCUCUCAUCCUGAUGGCUUGUUGCUGCUGUAGUGACUCAGAAGAGUAAGGAAAAGCAGUUUAAGUACGCUCAGAGGAACAGGUAGUUCAGGGAACUGAAUGUGAAGGACACAACGAUGCACAUGACACAUCCUUGUGAAGGCAUUUACCACAGCAGCCUUGCUGGGGCUAAACAGAGCAUAGCGCAGUCAGUACCCGGCCAGAUUUUCAGCUUGUAGGCUGCCCUGGAUUCCACUGCAGGAAAAAAAAAUUGGAUCUAUUUUUUUUCCCCUUUCUAAACAAAUGUUAUUAAAGCAAGCAGUGAAUAGCAAGUGGAAAUAUGAAUACAGUAAACAUCCAAAGUGCAGAGUAAGUAAAAUUAACUCAUCCUCUUGAAGGGGAAGGCAAGCAAAAGAAAAACAACCACAAAAAUUUUAGUGCACAUUAGAUUGCUACAACCCCUCAUGACAGCAAUCAUAUUUAGGUCCUGACAAUGUGAUUUUCAUAGACCCUGUUAUUCAUACUGCUUGCAGAAACAGCUUCUUCCUUAUUCCUUAAGAUGAAGGGAAGAAUGGAUGUAAGUGGCACCAGUCCAGAGGGAUGGAGGUGACAGGGACCAGGGGAACCAAUGUUUUUUAAGGGGAGCCAGGGCAAAAGCUUCUACGUACAGAAGGGGCUACAUGUCACUGGCAGGAAAUGAGUGGACAGACAACGGAGGCUGUAGGAGGGGGGAAGGGGAGGCUAGGAGGCCCAACUGGGUUGGCAAAAAGCUGACUUUAUCUCACUGUCUGACUUCCCUGGCUAUAAGAUUUUAAUGAAAAAAAAAUAGUCCUUAAACUUAUUUGUUCUUCUGGCUGAAAAUCUGGAAGCUGAUGAAAGCAAAGUCAUUUGACUUUCUCUGCAACUGCCAGCUUCUCGAGUAUAAAAAUCCUUAUUCCACCCUAUCCUUCUUUCAUUUCGGGCUUAGCCCAGCUGGAACCAAAUAGGCUGGAAAGUUUAGUUAGUUUGCUUUUUAAUUUUUUUUCCUGGAAUCCAAACAGAGGCUAAAAGAAAAACCUUGAAGAAAGUAGCCCCUCCCUCCUAUUGACAUAUGAAGUAUUGCUGAAACAGGGUUGGUCUAUAUGAAUGUCUGUGUGUGGCCCGCAGUUAAUUUCUAGAAAUUGGGGAACAAAACGAAUUUAGAACUCCUAGCAUUUAUCCCAUAGCUAUGUAGGUUAUUGUGGUUCUGGACUGACAAAGAAAAACUAUUUUACUCACAGAUCGGACAGGUUAAAAAGAUUAAAAACUGCUGCAGAAGUUAAUUCACUUUAUUGGAUAACAAUCGCUUAACAGAAAUAAAUCACCUAGAAGCACUUUGGAAUUUUA